UAUCUUCACUCACUGCCAACAUAUACUCUGACCUACUUAUAGUCACGUCAACCACCACACUUGCACACUACAUCUCCACCUCAUACAAGAAGAAGACAGCUACAAUGAGGAGUGUCGUUUGUGCUGUUGUUGCUCUCAUGGUCGUCUUCCACACCGGAUAUGCCCUCAAGUGUUACGUCGGAGGAGUGGGCACUCAAAUUACCACUAACUGCCCUGGCUCCUGCAUGAAGACAGCUAAAUCCUUCCAUAACAACGAAGGAUCUGUACGCAUCUGUUACGGCUUUACUCAAGAUGAUGGCUGUUCUAAGGUGACCGGAGGUAAGGGUAUCGUCUGUUACUGCAACACUGACCUGUGCAACACUGCUGCUACCACAUCUGCUAUGACACUUCUGUUGCCACUCCUGCUGCUGCUGACCCAUCUGCUGCAGUAGUUCAUAGAUGCUACAAUUUCCACAGUCAUGUUACAAUCAUCCUCUUUAUUCUCAGUUCUUUGUGUUUAUACAAAUCUGUGUAUAAUGAAUACACCCAAAUUUCAAUAAAUAUGGUAAGAAAC